AUGCGGACCAGCUUUCCCGGGCCAUCACAGGCACCAGCGCAGGCCGAAUCGCCCAAAACUCGACUGGGCUUUGCAGUCAGCCGCUCCAACUCGCUGCAGACCGUACCUGCGCCUGUCGCCUCGACAUCUGAACCUCGAGCGACAACACGAUGGCAGCCUCACCUCGUAUCAGCACUCGCGCACCAUACGCCGGUCAAGAAGGACGUGGCUCCGUCUGCGCAACCUUCAGGAUCGCAGAUGGGCACGCUACCCAACUAUAGCGCAGUCUCUCACUGGCCGAGUCGACCUGUCCAGACCCCUUCGCGGGCAGCCAUGAGCGGUACGUCUGCACCAGCCGCCACACAAGGCCAGGGCACACGGGCCAAAGUCCAAGUCGCCCACAGUGUCCUGCUGUCGGCUCAGAGGACGCGCAUGGCACAGAGAUGUCGCGUCAACGUCAUGAUCGCCAUUGGCCUGUACUGGCUUACUUCCACCAUCUUCUACGAAUCUGUGCGAGCCGAUGUGAUCUCACUGCUGCCUUCUGCCAAGCCCAUCAUCAAUGCCACCAGCUGGCUUGUCACCCUGUUGCUGACUUGGAACAUCCUCGAGGCAACCUGGCUCCUCGCCAGAGCCUCGCCCGGCUUCCUGCUAGCUGCGCCCCGAACUGGCUAUGCGCUUAUUGACGUUCCUCUGGCUCCGCAGCAGCGUGCCGUGCCUGGCAGUGCUGCACCGCGGCUCGAACGAGGCUCCAUCGGCUUUCCGGUCGCCCGAUCUUCGCCCCAGACUCGGCCUUCUGCCCCUGAACCAGACUUCACCUGCUUCAAAAGGUUUCCCUCGAACAACUCGACGCCUAACCGUAACGGCGCGUCCGUGCAAACGCCCACCUCGGGCCGACCUUCGUCCGGUUCGCCAAUGAGCGAAUUCCGCCAAGUCCUUGCGACCGCCUCCUCGCCCGCCAGCAGGUCUGGCACGCCAAACUCGCUAUCGAGAUCAACCAGCACGAAUGUCAACCCCAAUGAUCCGAGCGGGCGGAUCAGCGCUUUCCUUAGCCGACAUCCAUCACCUCAGCAGUCACCGUACCGCGAGCCGAGACGGGCCGAGCCUGCGCUAUGA